AUGGCAACUUUUUUAUCGCUACCGCCGUCGGUCCUCGCUGCAGUUUUCCUAUUACUCCCUAGCUUUGCGACUGCUCAGAAAGACAACGCCAAAGAGUGCUCCUGUUUUGUGACAAACGAAACAUCCUCUGGCUACUUUACAUCACAUCGAUUCUUCGACUUCAGAAACGUCGCUUCGGCGCCAGCCACAGCUCCGGCGAUCAUCUCGAGUCUUCCCAACACGACGAAUGCUUUCUACUCGUCAGACUACUUUACCAAAGAUACUUGGAAGGAUGAUUGGACGAUACAAAAUUGGACAAGCAGCGAUAGUAUGGUGACAAGCGACGCAACGAUAUUAAUGGCGAAUUCUUUGAGUAAUGUUUAUCUGGAAAAAAGCGACGAUGCCGACCCCUCCUACACAUCACACCUCACCCUCCGCACGUCACGACAACCAGACUUCCAAUCGGUCGCCGAAUUCGAUAGCGUGGAACAAAACUUCCAAUACCUCUCUGCUCGUUUCAUGGCACGAGUCAUUGGCUCACCAGGAGCUUGCGCGGGAAUGUUUACAUAUCUCGCCAACGACGAUCCUCAGCUCGUACAGGAGGCAGACAUCGAAAUCCUUACCAGCGGACCCCGAAACGUCGUACAAUACACAAACCAACCUGCCGUGGACGCAGAUGGGAACGAGAAACCGGAAGCUACUGUGAAUGGCACACAGCCACGGGACUGGAGUGAAUGGAACGUAUAUCGAGUGGAUUGGAUGCCAAAAAGUACUAGUUGGUAUGUGAAUGGUAAUAGUGUUGCGAAGAUCGAAUUUCAGGUCCCAAAAGACCCGGCUGGUUUGAUGGUCAACAUGUGGAGUAAUGGCGGGUCGUGGACUGGGAACAUGAGUACUUUCGACGAGGCAUUUCUACAGAUUCAAUGGAUUGAACUAGUUUACAACACAAGCGGGCCUUAUGGGGGUUCUGGAGCGAAGAAGAGAGACACGGAUGACAUUGGAUUCAGUGGUCCAUUGGAAAAAAGAAAGAAGAAGCAGCAGGGCUGUAAAGUUGUCUGCAGUAUUGAUGAGCAGGUUAAUGUGACGGGAACACCUGCUGUGCUCAGCAACAAUACUGCGGCGGCGCCGUUAGGCUGGAAGGGGGAGGGAAUGGGGUUCAUGGCGUGGAUGCCUUUGUUUUUGAUCAGCGGUACGGCAUUUGGGUAUUUGUAA